UAAACAAUUUCAAGUAUCUAACUUCCACUUUGAACACAGUGGAUCUGAAAUUUAUAAAGAAUGCUAAAAUCUUUUAUAUUUUAAAUUGUAUUGAAUAUAAAACAUUCAAAUUUGAUCAAAUUGAAAAUAAAAAAUCAUAUUAUGUAAAAUAUCAUAAAAGAAGAGUGUAUCAACAGUAUAACCAUAUAACUGAUCAAAUAAAUUUAUAAUCAUGUAAUCAAGAUAUUUAUAUUCAAGAUAUAAUUAUUUACAUCAUGGAAGAUUAUACUCCUAUUGAUGAAGAUUUUCCUGGUCGUUUAUUACACCAAGCUGCUUUAUGGGAUAAUGCAGAAUUAUUAGAAGAUCUUUUAAGAGGAGAGCAUGCACAAUAUAUAAAUAGUCAAGAUUCAUGGGGUAGAACACCAUUACAUGCUGCAGCUAUUACUGAAAAUUCAAGAUGUUUAGAUGUAUUACUUUUUGCUGGAGCAAAUCCAAAUAUACCAUGUGGACCCAGAGGUCAUUAUCGAACACCAUUACAUAUUUGUGCAGAACACGGUCAUAGUUCCAAUAUUGAAAAACUUUUAAAAUUCAAUGCUAGUCUAAUGAUUCAAGACAAUAACGGUGAGAGACCAUUAGAUGUGGCUGAAGAAGCUAAGCAAGAUGUUUGUAUAAAUUUGCUUAAAUCAGCAGCUGAAAAAUAUGAAUUGGCAAAACUUGCUGUACAUGCUUCUUUGCGUGCGAUAUGUAUUCAAGGAGAUUUUGUGGCAGCUAAAAAUAUCAUUCAAAAUCAUAUGUCAGAUUUAGAUUGCAUUAUCAAUAUGGCACCGAAUGGCGCAAAUACUCUACUUUUUAUAGCCAGUGAGAUGGGUCACAAGGAUAUAGUUCGUUUGCUUUUAGAUCAUAGUGCAGAUUGUAGAGUGCAUCCUGUUACCAAAUACUGUCCAUUAUAUAUAGCCUGUUACAAUGGUAAAGUAGAAAUAGUAGAAUUGCUUCUUCGACAUUUUCCUAAACAAGUACAAUCUUUAACCGUUGAAAAAUGGUUACCGAUUCAUGUAGCGGCUAUAAAUGGCCAUCAUUUAGUUAUUGAUUUAUUAUUAAAAUUCGAAUAUCCACAACAUACGUAUCAACGCUACAAAGACUCAUCCGGAGAAUUUGAAUACGAAAUGCCAUUUGAUAUCAAUUCUCAAGAUGUAACAGGACAAAAUAUUCUUUACAUAUCUAGUAUGCUUGGAAACAUUAAAAUCGUAGAAUUAUUGCUGAAUUAUAAAGUAAAAGCGAGAAAAAUUAAAGAGGAAGAUAUGGGAGUGGCGCAGCCACUUCCUAUGUCGAAAAAAAAAAUUUCAAGUGGAAUACAAAGAUUGAUGUCUAGUUUGAAUUUUAGAAGUAAAGCGUUCGAUAAAAAGGAUGACAAUAUGAUAUGCCCAUUAAAUUUAGAUUUGUAUUGCAACAAUGCCACCGAAACUUCUUUACAUGCAGCGGUGAAAGGCAAGCACACAGAAGUAGUUAGCGCUUUAUUACUGGCAGGUGCUGAUCCUAAUUUGCCUGUGAAAGUUCCUUAUGAUCAGAACGAUCCAGAAAAUAAUUACUCUAGCGCAUUAAUUAUAGCUUGUCAACAACGUGACAUAAAAAUUGCAGAUCUUUUACUGAAACACGGUGCCGUGGAUAAUACAUGUAAAGCAAUCAAAAUUGCUGCACAAAACCGUGACGAAGCUCUUACAGCAAAAUUAUUGUCUAUAAAAGCUUAUCCUGAUUCAGAAUAUAAAAUCAAUAAAAAAGCUAUGACUGAAUGUACUCAAACAUCUCACUUUUCUGCAUUAUCCUCUUUUGGCAAUGUCACAUAUUCGACACUAUUUCCAAAUACACCGACAAUGAUAAAUUGGCAUAAUCAACAAUGUCAUCUCUCACAAAUACGGGCUCAAUGGUUAACAGAUGCUGUGUUACAUGUAAAUAAAAAGCUGAGCGCUAAAAAUAACGAUUUGGUAUUAUAUGCUAUCACGAGGAUAGAUAUUUCUCAUAAUUCCAUCACUUCUGUACCAUCUAUUGUAUUUUAUUUACAAAGCCUACGGUAUCUUAAUAUGGCUCAAAAUAAAAUAGAUACUCUUACAGCUGAACCAAAAAGUUCUAAAGAUAAAUUGUGUCCAGUUUUAGAAGAGAUGUAUCUUCAAGACAAUCGAUUAGAGCAAUUGCCGGAAUUUAUAAUGAGUUUACCUACAUUGGAGAUUAUGGAUGUCUCAAACAAUAAAUUACAGUGUCUUCCGGAUAAUUUAUGGCGAGCUCCAAAAUUAAAAGAAUUGAAUGUUUCCUUUAAUUUAUUGAAGGAUCUACCGAGUCAAGUUUCUCAAAAUAUUUCACGAAAAACACAACGGGAAGAUUGUUUGAAUAAUAGUCCUAGCAGUCGAAGUUUAGCAUCGCAAUUGGCUAUUUCUCGCGAAGAUUCUUUAGAAUUUGAGUCAUUUACUAAAAUAGCAAAUGCACAAAUCAUAGAGAUGGAUCGACCUCAUGUUUGGACCAAAUCUGUUCAAGUAUCGGAAAAAGUUUCAGAUGAUAACGAAGGAGGAGCAAGAUCAGUGCUUACGUCCUUGAAUUUGGCGCAUAAUUUAUUCAAUAGUAUUCCAGUAGCUUUGCCAUGUUUAGCUGUUAAUCUAGUAAGAUUAAACAUGGCUUAUAAUUCUCUUCGAUCCAUGAGUCAUAUAACAUCGUAUCCAGCAAGUUUGAAACAAUUAGAUUUAUCCAAUAAUCAAAUCUCUCGAUGGCCCAGUUUGCCACAAGUGGACGGUGCCGAUUUGAUGGAACAAGCAAACACUGCGUGCUAUUGCCCUACAACGAACGUACAAUCUCCAAUUGUUCCGGGCAGCAACAGACAAACAGCUACGUCUUUGCGUGACGUAGUUCUCAUGUCGGUUUGCACGCAUAGACGUCAUUUACGUUUAGAAAAUUUAAGAACGUUAAUUCUUGCUAACAAUUUAUUGAACAGAAUACAAUUGACGUCGGUCGAUGAUGGAGAAAUGCCAAAUCUAGAAGAAGAGAAUGUAGAUAGGGAUACAAAAACUAAUUAUUCUGGUUCAAAAUUAUAUCUUUUGUUCCCUAAUGUUAGCAUGCUCGAUGUUAGUAACAAUAAGUUGAAAGAGAUUCCACAAAAUAUUUAUGAGCUCAAUAAUCUAUCUGUUCUAAAUAUAAGCGGUAAUCCGGACAUUGUCGAAUUGCCACCACAAAUGGGAUUACUUUCUCGUUUGUGGAAUUUAAAUACUCAAGGUUGUAAACUGCAAGAACCUUUGAAAACGAUGAUUGAAUCAAAAAAAUAUAAAACGAUGGACGUGAUUGGAUAUUUAAAAUCAAUCUUGGAGGAUGCUAAAUCAUAUGCACGCAUGAAAUUAAUGAUCGUAGGGAUUCAAGGGAUCGGUAAGACUAGUUUAUUAGAACAAUUGAGACAAGAGGGUGAAGUUCCAAAUAAAAAAAAAGCUACGGAACAUUGGGCGAAAAGAAUGGGUAAUAAAAACAUUAAUGCAAAGACUGCCAGAGGAACAACAAUAUCCACCGUAGGUGUUGAUAUUGGGGAUUGGAUUUACGAGAAAAAAGUGAGAGGACAAUCAUCUCAUGGUCCAGUUUAUUUUAGAACGUGGGAUUUUGGUGGGCAAAGAGAAUAUUACGCAACGCAUCAAUAUUUUUUGUCUAAGCGAAGCUUAUACUUAGUUGUAUGGAGAAUCACAGAUGGUUUUAAAGGUGUAUCAGAAAUAUUUCAGUGGUUGGUAAAUAUCCAAAGCAGAGCUCCUAAUUCACCAGUAAUUAUCGUUGGCACUCAUUAUGAUAUAUCAUAUGAACAUAGCGAGGCUUUACAGCAAUAUAUCCGUGAUAAAUUUAUAAAUGUAGUUGAUGCUGAAAAGUGUGGUUUGCCAAAAGUGAUGGAAACUAUCGAAGUGAGCUGUAAAACGAAGCAUAAUAUAAAAAUGCUGUGUAAUUUAAUAUAUGAUGUUGUAUUUAGUUUAAGAUCACCUGGAAGCAAAGAAUUAUUACUUGAACAAAAAGUUCCUGCCAGUUAUCUUGCCUUGGAAGACGUGGUAAUACAGCUUGCACAUGAUAGGAAAUUGUCAGGUACGGAUCCGGUUUUAAAAGCUGAUCAGUAUUAUACGGCAGUAAAUAACGAGCUUCAAAAAUUGCAUAGAUCAUUUAGAGAUCCCGCUGAAUUACAUCAAGCGACACUUUUUCUCCAUGAAAAUGGCAUUAUUUUACAUUAUGACGAUGCUACUUUGAAAGAUUUAUAUUUUCUCGAUCCACAAUGGCUUUGCGACAUGUUAGCACACGUAGUAACAAUACGUGAAAUUAAUCCUUUCGCCAGAUGUGGUAUAAUGAAAUUAGAUGAUAUUCAACAUGUAUUUAAAUCUUCUACUAUAUCAUCUAUAGAUACGCAAGGAUAUAUCGUUAGCUUAUUAAAUAAGUUUGAAGUUGCAUUAACUUGGGACUAUCGUACUUUGUUAAUUCCCUCUUUAUUGCCAACUGAAGAGGAUAUUUUAAGAAAUAAUCAAAUAAUCAAAAUUCCUGUAAAAACACGAGGUUGGCAUAUACGUUCUAAAAAAAUUACAUCUCCAAUGAUAACAUUUCAAAAUUCUUCUGGAGAUAAAUCGAAUACAGAAUGUGUAUUGACAUCUAGAUCACAACCAGAUUGUUCUGUUACACGAUUACUUUUAAUGUCUUAUUUUCCUAGUGGCUUUUGGUCAAGGCUCAUAACUAGAAUUUUAGCCGACGAUGCUAUUGUUGAAAUUGUGAUGUCAUUUUUAGCGCCUUUCAAAGAUUUUGUUGAUGAUAAUAUUUUUACAAGUUUGCUAGAUACACAAGCAGAGUGGAUACUUUGGCAAACAGGAAUAGAGUUGAAAUAUUCUAACAUUACUUUAUUACGUCUUAAAGAAGUCAAUUAUAAUUUAAAGAAUUCGCCAUAUGAUUAUAGACAAUUUAAAUUUAAACUGAAACAGGAUGGAAUAUGGUGUACAGUAGAUUUAAAAAAUUCUGCAAUUUUAGAAAUUUGGUUUCCAGUUGAUACUUUGGUGAUAAAACAACCUAUAAUGUCAGAUUCAGUUGAAGAGGAACCAAUGGGCUAUCAAGCAAUUGUGGUAGAACCUCGGCCAGAAAGUAUGCCACAAUUAUUGGCCUUAAUAGUUGAUCAUAUCGAUAUUUUAUUAGAAGAUUGGUAUCCUACAUUAGGAACACGUUUUGUGCAUACAUCUGAAGGUAAACUAUUAGUUACACGAUUGAUACCAUGUCCACGCUGUUUAUUAAAUAAUGGAGAAAAUGAAAAUGAAAUUAGCGAUAAUGAUCGUUUAACGGAAGAUAUCCAAAAAUAUUAUAUAAAUAAAGAAAGACAAAGUCAAGAUAGUUAUAAGUCUGAUGGUGAUAGUGGUGUGGGGUAUGAUAGCCUAACAUCAAGCAGAAUGCCAUCUUUAGAAGGUCAUCCAGAUAUUAUUAAACAAAAUAACCAUUCUGAAGGUAUUUUAGCAUAUUCUUGGAUGGUCGAAGAAUGUAUUUUAUCUGCUUAUAGUAAUAAACCAAUAAGUUGUCCUAAACAUUCUGAUAUACCAUUAUCACAUGUAGCUCCCGAUAUAAUUUUUAUGGAUCUCGGAUCGAAGCAUUUAAUAAAAUCAGAAGAUAUUAAAUUAGGAAAGUUAUUAGGUCGAGGAGCAUUUGGAUUUGUAUUUAAAGGUGUUUGUCGAUUGCCAGGAUCUUAUCAAAAGAUUGAUGUUGCCAUCAAAAUGUUACAACCAGUUCCACCAGGUCCAAAUUCAAAACAAUCUGCUGUUCUUGCUUAUAAAGCAGCUCAAAGUAAAUGGGAUAGAGAUCCAUUACAGUAUGCUUGUAAAGCUUACUGUACAGCAAGACAAGAAUUAAACAUUUUGUUGACUCUCAGACAUACAAAUAUUGUACCUUUAAUUGGAAUAGUAGUUAGUCCAUUAGCAUUAGUACUAGAUUUAGCACCAGAAGGUGCAUUGGAUAAUGUAUUGAAAAAUUAUAGACGUUCUGGUGCUAAAUUAGAUCCAUAUACAUUACAAGCUAUAAUUCUUCAAGUAGCAAAAGCUGUAGAAUAUCUUCAUCAACAACAUGUAAUUUAUAGGGAUUUAAAAUCAGAAAAUGUUUUAGUUUGGCAGAUGCCUUUACCAUUUCAAGAUUAUCCUGAACAUCCUGUUCAUGUUAAGGUUGCUGAUUAUGGUAUAUCCAGACUUACAUUACCAACUGGUGCUAAAGGAUUUGGUGGAACUGAAGGGUUUAUGGCACCUGAAAUUAUUAAAUAUAAUGGUGAAGAAGAAUAUACUGAAAAAGUUGAUUCUUUUUCAUUUGGAAUGUUUAUAUAUGAAUUAAUUACUUUAAGACAACCAUUUGAGGGUCACGAAGCAGUUAAAGAAUGUAUUUUGGAAGGUGGAAGACCACCAUUAACAUAUAGAGAAACAUUUCAUCCUUGUUAUGCUCUUGAUUUAAUGGUUAUAUGUUGGGCUCAAAAUCCAAAAGAUCGACCUACUGCAAGUCAAAUAGUUUCCAUUGCAUCAGCACCUGAAUUUACACAUCUUAUAGAUGUUAUAUUAUUAACAGAAAGAACUCAAGUAACUGCUAUUACUAUGACAAAUAGAACUAUAGAAGAAAAUUUAAGUGGAGAUGAAAUUUGGUUUGGACAUAAUAAUGGUGAAGUUGAUAUGUUAUUAGGAACACAGAAAGGUUGGUUACAACAUGUUAGAAUUGAAACUCCUAUAAUACCAUAUGCAAUGUGUGGAGUAGAUGGAUAUAUAUGGAUUGGUGAUGAUAUAGGACAAGUACAUGUUUAUUUAGGCAGUAAUUUUGGUUGUGUUGCUAGUUAUAAUCUUGAACCUGAUCAUAGUAUAGAAUCUAAAAUAGUAGGUUUAAUUUAUUUAGAACAAAUAAAACAUUUUGCAGUAGCACUGCAUAGUGGAAAAACAUUUUUAUUAUCAAAUUCAUUUACACAAAUGAAAAAAAUGGAAAUUACGACUGAUAUUCAAGAUAAUGUAAAGACAUAUUCUUUGGCAGCUGUUUAUAAAAAAAAGCGCAUAUUGGAAUUAUGGAUUGGACAAAGUUUUGGUAAAGUAUCAAUUUAUGUUUUAAGAGACAACAAUUUAAUAGAUACAACACAAGUUUCUCAUGUAACUGGAGAAACAGCUAUUAAAAAUUUAUUUGCUACUCACUUAUUAAGUGCAGAAAAUUCUGUAUUAUCAUACACGUAUCCUGGAUGCAUUGUGUAUCAAUGGGAUGUGGAUACUAGACAAAUAAUAAAUAAAUUAGAUAUGUCUAAAUUAGUACCUUGUUCAGAGAGUUUAAAAUCCAUUUCUAUAGAAGAAAAUUUAUCAACAGAAAAGUGCCAAGUAACAGCUCUGGAAACUUGUAGAAAUCAGUUGUAUAUUGGUACUACUUGGGGAUGUAUUGUGGUAGCCGAAUGUAAUUCACUUAGACCUAUUACCGUUUUCAGACCUUUUGAAGGUAAGGUAUGUCAAAUAAUUUCAUUUAAAUCAACAGAUGAAAAGAAAUUAGUACUGGCAACUGUUGGUCAGGGUUACCGAAGUUUAAUUUCGCGAUAUACAGAUUUUUUGAUUGAUAGUUUAGACGCAGAAGAUCUUAAACAUAGUAUGUAUGCUCUCUUAUGGAGAUCUGAACAUUGGUCAGCUGCUUAAUCAUAAUUUAAUUAUGACAAAGUAAAGCCCAGCCAGUGCUUUGUGGUGCAAAAAGUGAUAUAAUUAUGUGUGGUUGACAAUUCUAUACGUCCAUAUUUUAGAUUGUAGAUUUUAAGCUUUCAAUCUUGACUCAUCUUAUAUCUUUUGAACUGAAGACAAAAAUAUUUAUUCUUUAAUCUGUCCAAGCUAUAUGGUGCUUGAUUGAUACAUUCUUUGCAAAAUUUUUAUUUAUGAAAUGAAUAUAAUUUAAGCAGAAUAUUUUUAUCUUCAUGUGAGGUAUCACAGUAUAGUUUUAUAACUUAUCAUAAGUACUUAGAUUUUUAAAAUAGUUAUAUAUUUAUUUAAUAAAAAAAA